ACGCACAAAAGGACAUGCGAUUGGAAGGAACUCUAGACCCCGCCCUUCUGGGCGGUAGUAGAGCUUGAGAAGAUUAAUCACUUGCUUCUCAUACAUACCUUUUCUUCGACUCUCCUCCUGAACUGACAGAUCAUGGCGUCGGCAAGGUCGUUUCCCACCAUCAAGGCGGUCCGUUCGUUUGUUAUUGGUGGCGUGGGCUCUGGGGGUGACUAUCACAAUGUCAAGGGCGGCCAUUGGCUCAUCGAUUCGCCCAUAUCGACGCCGUCGUCUCGAUGGGAGAAGUACCGACAUUCUCGGACGAGCUGGGGCAUCAACGUCUUGGGCUCUUUCCUCGUCGAGAUUGAGGCCUCGGAUGGCACCGUCGGUUUCGCUACGGGGUUCGGAGGCCCGCCCGCUUGCUGGCUCGUCCACCAGCACUUUGAGCGUUUCCUCAUCGGCGCCGACCCUCGGGAUACCAACCUCCUCUUCGAACAAAUGUACCGCUCCUCCAUGUUCUACGGCCGCAAGGGUCUACCCAUCGCCAUCAUCUCCGUCAUCGAUCUCGCUCUGUGGGACCUCCUGGGCAAGCUGCGAAACGAGCCUGUCUACAAGCUGAUCGGGGGCGCCACCAAGCAGCGUCUCGAUUUCUACUGCACCGGCCCCGACCCCCCCGCGGCCAAGGCGAUGGGUUUCUGGGGCGCCAAGGUGCCCCUCCCGUACUGCCCCGAGGAAGGCCACGCCGGCCUCCGGAAGAACGUCGCGUUCCUCCGUAAGCACCGCGAGAGCGUCGGACCCGACUUCCCCAUCAUGGUGGAUUGCUACAUGAGUCUCAACGUGUCGUACGUCAUCGAGCUGGCCAAGGCGUGUGAGGACCUCAACAUCAACUGGUGGGAGGAAUGCCUGUCUCCCGACGACACGGACGGCUUCGAGCAGAUCAAGAGGGCGCACCCGACCAUAAAGUUCACGACCGGAGAGCACGAGUACUCUCGCUACGGAUUCCGCAAGCUGGUCGAGGGUCGCAACUUGGACAUCAUACAGCCGGACGUCAUGUGGCUGGGCGGCCUGACGGAGCUGCUCAAGGUGUCGGCCCUGGCGGCGGCGUACGACAUCCCCGUCGUUCCUCACGCCAGUGGCCCCUACAGCUACCACUUUGUCAUCUCGCAGCCCAACACGCCGUUCCAGGAGUACUUGGCCAACUCGCCCGAUGGCAAGAGCGUCUUGCCCGUAUUCGGCGACCUGUUCCUGGACGAGCCCAUCCCCACCAGGGGCUUCUUGACGGCCGCGGACUUGGACAAGCCCGGGUUCGGCUUGACCAUCAACCCUGCUGCCCGGGCAAAGUUGAUCCCUGGUGAAAAGCUCCUGCACCCGAGUCCGGAGGUUCCCCUCAAGAUUGGAGAGCCAAAGGUCGAGGAGCCCAAGACAUAAAAUAUACCAAGACAGAGGGUCCUCCGGCGAAUAAAACCAAUACGAUGAUUAGAAGAUAGGGCGAAACCAAAGUGGAAAGAAAUGCUCACGUAUGCGGCCGCUCCAACCUGCGGGGGGCGGAGCCAGGAAUUCUGGAAAGCUGCCAAAGUCCCAGCGUGGUCAGAGUCCUGUUAAGGAGGAACGGGUCAUCCCAUUUCAUGGCACAUGUAGACAACUACCGCACAUCAUUGGAAUAUUUUCAGGGCCAGAAGUAAUAGAACCUCAUAGUCAAUCUUUUUGAGACGAC